GCCCAGCCUCUUGUCAUCUCACGCUUGGACUACUGCAACUCCCUCCUGGCUGGUCUCCCUGCGUGUUCCAUAUGACCUCUGCAACUCAUCCAGAAUGCAGCAGCUCGACUGGUCUUCAACUUACCAAAAUUCUCCCACACUACACCGCUCCUCCACUCCCUUCACUGGCUUCCUAUAGCUGUUCGCAUCCGCUUCAAGACUCGAUCCAUGCUACAAACGGAUCCGGUCCAGCCUAUUUCACCAUUCAAGUGCCACAACUGCAACAACAAUCAACUUUCUACUGAGACAGACAAACCCAACUUAAAGGGUUUUUUCGAUCAGUUUGAUCAAACCUUAAUUAUUUUGGAAGAUUAUUUGUUCUUUAUUCAAUACAUAUUUGAUACUUGCUCUGCUUUCCUUUUCCAGAUCAACGCUGAGUUUAUGCGAAUUACAACAGUUCCCUUGGAGACAAAGUUCUUGGCGCAGUUGGACAAGCACAUGUCCAAACUGCUGGAUGUCAUCAGGAGCAAGGGAGGACGUGUGCAAGAACAGACCAAGAGGACCUUGCAGGUUUUAGAUGAGACUGUGGACAUCACAAUAAGAAGAGAGUGCAUCCUUAAAUCUUUGAUGAUCUACCUGGGUGAACCUGUUCAUCACCUCAUCAAAGAAUACCAGGAAAAUGAAGCUGACGAACUGGAGCAGGCAACGAUGGCUAUCGUUGUCAGUGGACAAGAGGACAUUAAAAUAGUCAUCGAUGGAAUAGAGGUCCUGAAAGAGGUGCCCACAACUGCUGCGGCUGUUGCAAUGUUCUUCGGGCUUACCUACGCACUCAAACUAAAAUAUCCGAAAAAUUUGCAGCACACCCUUGAAUUUGUGCAAAAAGUCCUGAUGGAGCUUGGUCCCCAAAAGUUCAUAGGCUGA